AUUUCGCUUAGCCUAAUGACUUCAAGGUUCAUCCAGGUCGUAGCCUGUGUCAGAAUUUCACUCCUUUUAAAGGCUGAACAAUAUUCCACUGUGGUAUGUAUACACCACCGUUUAUUUAUCCUUCCAUCAGUGGACAUUUGAGUUGUUUCCAUGUUUUGGCGAUUGUGAAUAAUGCUGCUGUGAACACGGGUAUACAAAUAUCUGUUCAAGUUCCUGCUGUCGAUUCUUUUGGGUAUAUACCCAGAAGUGGAGUUGCUGAAUCAUUCACUGCUUCACGUUUCGAGGAAAUGUUUUCCACAGCGGAGGCACCAUUUUAUACACCUACCAGCAAAGCAUGAGGACUCCAACUUCUCCAUUUCCUCACCAACAUUUGUUAAUAUCUGUCUUUUUGAUGGAGCCAUCCUCGUGGGUGUGAAGUGAUAUCUCAUUGUGGUUUUGACUUGCAUGCCCCUAAUGAACGCCAGGGAGCUUCUGGGAGUAUCAGAACGCAGACGAUGACUCGCUAGGCAGACCUGCUGGGACACUGGGCUGGUGACGGGAGAUAAGCCAGGCUCCUUGGGGCUUGUGUGCAAAGUCAUUCUACUGAGGGGACGCCUCCGGCUUGAUGGGUCUCAAUUAGGAAAAGCCAGGCUGAUGGGGGAAGGGAGGAGAGCAUUCUUCAUUCCCAUCACAUCUUGUAUCUCUGCUCCAGCCCGCACCCUGGGCUUCCCUCCUGGGCUAUGCAGCUCAGGACAGGCCGAGGAACCAUGUGUCCAUCCAUGGCUGCCUUCUGUCUUGGGCUGUGUCUGGGGCAGGCGAUACAGGCUCAGAAAGGCCCACUGCCCAAGCCCUCCCUCCAGGCCCGGCCCAGCUCCCUUGUGCCCCUGGGGAAGCCGGUGACCAUCAGCUGCCAGGGCCCUCCAGGCGCGGACUUGUACCGCCUGGAGGAACUGAUAUCCCGGAAGUAUUUGGACCAGGCGGAGCUCUCCAUCUCGGCUAUGGAACAACGCUUCGUCGGACGCUACCGCUGCUCCUAUCAGAGCGGGACCAGCUGGUCUCCCCCCAGCAACCAGCUGGAGCUGGUUGCUACUGGAGUUUUCACCAAGCCCUCGCUCUCAGCCCAGCCCAGCCCGGCAGUGGCCCCAGGAGUGGACGUAACUCUACGGUGUCAGAGCCAGUAUAGUUUUGACCAAUUUGCUCUGUACAAGGAGGGGGACACUGGGCCCUUCGAGACACCUGAAAGGUGGUACCAGGCUGAUUUUCCCAUCACCACGGUGACUGCUGCCCACAGCGGGACCUACCGAUGCUACAGCUUUUCCAGCAGAUCUCCAUACCUGUGGUCGGCCCCCAGCGACCCCCUGGAGCUCGUGGUCACAGGGACCUCUUUUACCCCCAGCUGGUUGCCCACAGAACCAUCUUCCUCUGUAACAGAAUUCUCAGAAGCCUCUAAGAAACUGAACCAGUCACUCGUGAACGAAGUUUCCGCCGCUGAAACUUCUAGGAAUGCCACCAUCCUUCCAAAGGAGUCAGACCCUCCAACUGGUCUUGCCUUCCAGUAUUACACUAAGAGCAAUCUGGUCCGGAUAUGCCUGGGGGCUGUGAUUCUAGUACUCCUGGUGGGGCUUCUGGCAGAAGAUUGGCACAGCCGCAAGAAACCCCUGACGCACCGGGUCAGAGCGGGCCACAGGCCGCUCCCACCCCUCCCUCAGACCCAGAAGUCACACAGUUGUCAGGAUGGGGGUCGACCAGAUGAUCAUAACUGAGGAUACCAUCAUUAGAAUCCCAAGGCUUGGUCGUAUCUAAGAGAUAGGUCAUGGGAGUGGGGAGGGGACUUAAUGUGGAGUGUGAGAGUAAAAGGAUAGAGCCGACAGCUGUGGAAAAGGAGGGCGGGGGGUGUUCUUCUUGGUGCCCCAUCAAGGAGUUGUUGAGUCAGUGUCUAUUUGGCUGUAUGUCCUAGGACUCUGUUUGGGAUGGAAGGAAUCUAGUGGAUGCCAUAGUCUCCUCACUGAUACCUUGCUCAUUGUGGACCUUGUGGCACCUUAAUUGGGCCAUCACACUUACCUCCUUCUUCAACCUUCCCUAAUAUGAGUUCCAGAUUGACUUCUAAUAUUCCCACGUCUCACAGCUGACCUGUUCUAUCCUUUGCACAAAACUCUCCCACGUUUCCCCCGUGCCCACCCCGUGCUUUUUUUUUUUUUUUUAACAGGAGCAUAGUUGAUGUACAAUGUUGUGUUAGUUUCCGGUGUACAGCUAAGUGAAUCAGUUCUGUGCUUUUUUUUCCUGAUUAUCCCCAAACCUAACCCUUGCUCUAGCCCUAUCUUAAGCUGUAGUCUGAAAAAUCUCCUUUUGUUUCUUGAGAUGUGCCUGGUUCUUUCAGGCUUUGGGGCAUUCUGUUCUUUCCGCUUAGAAUAUAAUAUAACCAACAUGAAUAUAAUUAUAACCAACAUGCCAGUGGCUCGCCUUUAUAUUAGAAAAAAAGUCCAAAGUCCUAACUAAGUUUGUGCCAAAGGCUAGAAUAUGUAAAUCCAUAGAGAUAGAAAACAGAGUGGUGGUUGACAGGGGUUGAGGGGGGAAAGGAAUGGGAGUAAUUACAUAAUCAGUAUGUUUUUAAAAAACUUUCGCAGUGAUGAAAAUGUUUUGGAAUUAGAUAGAGGUGGUGGCUUCGCGACAAGGUGACUAUACUAAAUGCACUGAAUUGUUCACUUUAAAAUGGUAAAUGUUAUGUUACAUGAAUUUCACCCCAAUAAAAAGAAAAAAAAAAACCAACCCUGCUCCUUGACAUCCACCCAUCUCUGUAUGGGGUCACUUGUCCUAGGGAAUUAGGUGAGAUACAUCAGGAAUUCUUUCCCUUCCCUGUUGCCAGACUCCAGCACCCCUUGGGGGCUGCCCCCUCCUGCUAAAUUGAAGCCGCUCGGUUGCUGACACUCACAGUCUUUAGAUGAAAUCCAAAGUCUGGCUCUUCCAUGAAUAUGACUCUUGUACACAUUUGGGGUUCCAGCUCCUAUCAGAGAGAACCUCAGACCCUGACUUUGGUAGGUAACUUUCCCCAGGGGCCAUGAUGAAGAUUGGCAGGAACCGGGCAGCAAGGCAAGGCAGGCAAAUCAACGUGGUCACAAACAUUUCUUUCCCAUUCCGCCUGCUAGGCUCAAUUCCCCCCAA